UUUUUUUUUUUUUUUUUUUUUGUUAAAGACGACUUUAUAUCAAGGGCUCAGUGACACCGCAACUUAGGAAAAGAAAUUCACAUCGACAAAACAUAGGAGGGAUGCUGAGUAUAUAAGUAAGCAAGUCUUACUCCCUAGUGAUGCGUUUUAAAAUCGUGCGGGCCUGGGUCCAAAACAGACAAUAUGACUAGUGGGUUGGGCUAAGGGGGUCUCUCGAGCCUUCAUAAUUCGGAAUGCCUGUCGAGGCCAGGGCCUCGGCUCGUAUAGUGACAGAAUCACAUCAGAGCCACUCCUGUAUCAGUCCUGUCUAUGUGGGCGUGAGUUCAAAUUGAGUUUAGGCAAGACGUUUAUAGCCGUGCGGGCCUGAGUCCAAAGCGGACAAUAUCACUUGUGAGCUGAGCUAAGGGGGUUUCUCGAGGCUUUGUGGUUUGGGAUAUUCGUCGCAGUCAGAGCUUCGACUCGGAUUGUGACAGGCUCGACCCCAAGUAGGUGGUACAGUUUAACCUCUUUAACAAUGAAAAUGCAUUUUUGCUUUCAUACGCAUUGAGUGAGGUAAAAAAUUAACCUUAAAUGGAUAAAUAGUGUUGAAUAAUUGGUAUUCGAGUUUGCUUUUAUCUAGUGGAAAUGAACUUCUACUCUUCUAGAAAGCUUUGUUUUAUAGUAAGAACAUUAAUAUAAGAAAUUAAGACUAAGUACCAGAAGGGAAUUUGCUAUUUUGUGGUUGACCAACUAUUUAGUUGAGCAAGUAAAGUUCAUUUAUUUCAUUUUUAGUUGGAGAAUACCUUCCGAUUUUACUUUUCAAUUAAAGAAUUUCCUCCAUGUUUCGAUCCAAAUUCCAAAUUUAUUAGUAGCACCACUUUUUUCUAUAUAUAAGUUGGCUAAUAAUUAUACCACUUGGAAUUUAUACUAGUCCAUAUGGGAACUGAACUACUCCUACACCCUAGAAACUAAAAUACCAUGAUUCAAGUUAAAAUGUUACGAAUCUAAAUUGAAUGUCCUUCUAGCUUCUACUUCCUCCAUCUUAAAAUAAAUGUCAUUUUAGUAAAAAAUAAAAUAAAAAAAAUAUCAAAUAAUUAUGCUUAAAAUUCAAACAAUAAUUAGUAGUAAUUAUUUCCAACUAUAUCCUUAUAUUAAAGAAUAACUUUUUUCCUCAAUACUACUCAAUUCUCAAGAAACACAUAAAAAAAAACACUAAGACGAUACUUAUUUUUAAAUGAAGAAAGUAAUUAACAUUUGUUCGCAUUUUUUAAAUUAUAUAAAGUGUAUUUAUCAAAAAAAAAAAAAAACAAAUAUAUCACGUUUUGCAUUCAAUUCUCACUGGAUUCCAUCUAUUUUACUGCCCAUAUUUGGAAUAGAUUCUUUUAGAAGAAUGCAGGAUAUUUCUCCAAUAUAUAUAUAUAUUCUUUUUAAUACUACAUGUUUUUUUUCUUUAAAAUAAAGUAAUUCAUAGAAAAAAGGAAGGUGAAUUUUAAAAUAGGAUUAUAACAAGAUUUGGCAAUAAAUGGACUUUAUUCAAAAACUACUACUACUUCCCAACUGAGCCCCGCGUUUUCUUUUUCUCUUUCUCACGAUAUCCUUAAACAAAAGUCUUUGCCGUGCCAUGUCCUCCAUCUCCACAACCACCUCCGGCAACCACUUUUAGCGGCGGAGCCACCACUUUAACGGCGGCACAACCUCUUCCCACUUCACCAUGGGUAACUGCAACGCCUGCAUAAGACCAGAAGAAGCUUCAAAAACCGAUCCUUCUCCAACAAAACCAAAGAAGCCCAGAGAACGUAGACCGAAUCCCUACUCCGGAUCACCUGCACCUAUCAGAGUGCUGAAGGAUUUCUUUCCUAAGACACGAAUAUCAGAUAAGUAUAUAUUAGGACGAGAAUUGGGUAGGGGUGAAUUCGGAGUAACUUAUCUAUGCACAGACAGGGAGACACGUGAAGCGCUAGCGUGUAAGUCCAUUUCAAAGAAGAAGCUUCGAACAGCUGUGGAUAUCGAAGAUGUUAGAAGAGAAGUUGCUAUUAUGUCUAGCCUUCCUGAUCAUCCAAAUAUUGUUAAGUUGAGAGCUACUUAUGAAGAUAAUGAAGCUGUUCAUCUUGUUAUGGAGUUGUGUGAAGGUGGAGAGUUAUUCGAUCGAAUUGUAGCUAGAGGUCAUUACAGUGAAAGAGCUGCUGCUGGGGUUGCUAGAACUGUAGCGGAAGUUGUUAGGAUGUGUCAUGCCAAUGGUGUUAUGCAUAGAGACUUGAAGCCUGAGAAUUUUCUGUUUGCUAAUAAGAAAGAACAUUCUGCUCUUAAGGCCAUUGAUUUUGGCCUAUCCGUCUUUUUCAAGCCUGGAGAAAGAUUCUCUGAGAUUGUGGGAAGUCCAUACUACAUGGCACCAGAGGUGUUGAAGAGGAAUUAUGGACCUGAAGUUGAUAUUUGGAGCGCUGGUGUCAUACUAUAUAUUUUGUUAUGUGGGGUUCCUCCAUUUUGGGCUGAAACUGAACAAGGGGUUGCUCUUGCAAUUUUGAGGGGAGUGAUUGAUUUUAAGAGGGAACCAUGGCCUCAAGUCUCCGAAAAGGCAAAAAGUCUAGUUAGACAGAUGCUGGAACCUGACCCGAAGAAGCGGUUGACAGCCCAACAGGUCCUUGAUCAUCCCUGGAUUCAAAAUGCGAAAAAGGCUUCAAAUGUUCCAUUGGGAGAUAUUGUCAGGACAAGACUGAAGCAGUUUUCUAUCAUGAACAGAUUCAAAAAGAAAGCUUUGCGGGUCAUUGCCGAGCACUUGAAACUUGAAGAGAUUGAAGUAAUUAGAGAGAUGUUUGCAUUGAUGGACUGUGAUGGUGAUGGGAAAAUAACAUAUGAUGAACUAAAGGCUGGACUUAGAAAGGUUGGCUCCCAGUUGGCAGAAGCAGAGAUGAAGUUGCUGAUGGAUGUGGCUGAUGUUGAUGGAAAUGGAGUACUAGACUACGGGGAGUUUGUAGCAGUUAUAAUCCACUUACAGAGAAUGGAAAAUGAUGAGCAUUUUCGUAGAGCAUUCAUGUUUUUUGACAGGGAUGGAAGUGGUUAUAUUGAGCUUGAUGAGCUACGAGAAGCUUUAGCAGAUGAUUCAGGAGCAUGCGACACUGAUGUAGUGAAUGAGAUCAUGCGCGAAGUUGAUACAGACAAGGAUGGACAAAUCAGUUACGAGGAGUUUGUAGCAAUGAUGAAGACGGGAACCGAUUGGAGAAAGGCAUCUCGACAAUACUCAAGAGAAAGAUUCAAAAGCUUAAGCGUUAAUCUAAUGAAGGAUGGGUCUCUCCAGCUUCAGGAUGUACUCAGCGGCCAAACAGUCAUCGUUUAAGUUAACGAAAGGCUUUAUUUUACUAUUCUAAUGAUUUCCAUUUGUUGUUUUAAUGGGCGGUUCCAUAGCAAAUCAAAGCAAAUCUGAUCAUCGGUAUUGCAAUUCUUGAAAAUAUCGAUAUUCAGAAGAUCAGAUCUUUGAGAAUGCAGUGGGGAGUAAUAUGUAGGUAUGCUUGGGUUGUACUGCUGCUCUUUUUUUUCUUGGAUACAGGGGGAAAAUGAAGGAGGGUUUGGACUUGGAUGGAUGACAUUUAGAUUAAUUGUUUUGUUUUUUCUAAGGCUUUUGUAGGUUUGUUUAUAGAAGUUUUAUUACAUAUUUCUCUCACUUUUGUAUAUGUUGUUGCAAACAUACAAUUGUUUUAAGUAAAGCUUUGUAUUUAUGAUUUUCUGAGACUGCAGAUAAUAUCCUUCUUCGGAAUGAAUGAAUAUUUCCUUGA